AUGUUUUUUUGUCAAAACUUAGAACACGAGGGUAGUUAAAUUAUCGGUUUUUGCCUUUAUCCUGAUUGUCAAGAACCUAAAUCACAAUUUUGUGUUAAUUGUUUAAUAAAUCCUCAGAAACAUUUAAAUUGUAGAAAUGACUGCAAGCCAUUUGAUAAAAUCGAUAUACUCCUAGAUUUAAUUAUAUAUAAGCUAGAUUAAAUGUUAGAAUAAGCUGAUUGGAAGUUUCAAUAGUUUAAAUUAGAAUAUGAAAAAACAAUCAAAAUUAUUUUAAAAGAAUAGCAAAAGUUUUAGGAGAUAGCCAAAAACUUGAAAGUAUAAAAGUGCAAGGACUUUCUUGAUAAUAUUGGCAAAGUAAAGUUUUGGAAUACAAAUAUCAAAUCUACUUAAUUUGAGAAAGAAAUUAUUAAUCUCUGUAUUCAUAAUAUUUUACAAUUAGGGUUAAAACAAGGAAUUGAAUUAAUAAACUAAAAGGAAUACUAAAGGGCUUUAGUAAAAUUUGAGAAAGUUUUAUAAGAAGAUGCAAAUAAUCAUUUGGCAAAAUUUUACUAAAGUAUAUUAAAAUAAAAAUAAGGUGUUACAUUAAUGUAAUAGAAUAACAAUUAUAAAUCCUUUUAAUUGUUAAAAGAAUUAUAAUUAGAAUAUCCAAAUUUUUAAGAAUAAGCUCUAAUCACUCUAUAGGAAAAAUUAAGAAUUAAAAGCAAUAAUAUAGCUACAUUGAUAUUAUAAGUAUAUUGUAUGAUAUAAUUUGAUAAAAAAAAAAAAAAAAUAGAUAUUGAUCAAAACAUUAUGAUAUAUUGUGAUAUUAUUUUAGGUUUAGAUAAAUAUAAUGUUUUUGCGUUAGGGAUGAAAAGUAUAAAUUAAAAUAAUUAAUAGCAAUUUCAUUAUGUGAAUAGAAAAAAUAUUAAUAAGCAAUUUUGAGUGCUGAAGAAGGUGUGAUGGUGAAUAACAAAAAUAGUCAUUUACAAUAUAUAAAAGGUGAAAAAAUAAUUAUGGUUAGGUUUUGUGUUAUAUUAGCUGAAUUAAUGUUAAGAUGCAAUCGAAUUAUUUGAUAAAGCCAUUUCGAUUGAUCCAAAUCAUGUUGAUGCCAUUAAUGGAAAAGGUUUUAUCUCCAUAAUAAAAUUUUAGGUAAUAGUUUACAGAAUUUGAAAUAAUAUGAAUAAGCCAUAAUCUGCUAUGAUCAAGUCAUUUCAAUUGAUCCUAAUUAUGUUGAUGCCUAUAGUAACAAAGGUUUUAUCCCUCAAAUUGAAUUUUAGGCUUAAGUUUAUACAAUUUGAAAUAAUAUGAACAAGCAAUAAUAUGCUAUGAUAAAGCUAUUACAUUUAAUCGAAAUCAUGUUAUUGCCUCUUUUAACAAAGGUUUAUAUUCAUAAUUGAAUUUUAGGCUUAAGUUUAUACAAUUUGAAAUAAUAUGAAUAAGCAAUAAUCUGCUAUGAUAAAGUUAUUUUAAUUGAUCCAAAUUAUUUUAAUGCCUAUUUUAACAAAAGUUUUAUACCCAAAAUUGAAUUUUAGGUAAUUGUUUACAGAAUUUGAA